UCCCUGCCCCUGGCUGGCCAGAAGGGAGUGGACAGACCCACAGACCUGACGCCGCGCGAUCCCCCAGCCAUGCGGCUCCUGUGGGGCCUGCUCGCGGUGUUCAGCCUCUUCCCCGCGUCUCUGCAGAAGCCCAGGUUGCUUCUUUUCGCUCCUUCUGUGGUCAAUCUGGGGGUUCCCCUGUCAGUGGGGGUGCAGCUGCAGGAUGCCCCCCCAGGGCAAGUGGUGAGAGGAUCUGUGCUGCUGAGGAACCCGAGCCAAAAUAAUGACCCAUGUUCGCCAGAGGAGAACUUCAUGCUCACCUCGGACCGAGACUUCCAGCUCCUCAGCCUGCAGGUUCCCCAGAGCAAGGCACUGUCCUGUGGCCUCUUCAGCCUCCGCAAAAGCCAUGAGGUCCAGCUGGUGGCCCAGUCACCCUGGCUAACUGGCACCCUGGCUAAAAAGACCAGCACUCAGGGUGUCAACCUGCGCUUCUCCUCUCGCCGCGGGCACUUCUUCGUGCAGACUGACCAGCCCGUGUAUAACCCUGGCCAGCGGGUUCGGUACCGAGUCUUCGCUCUGGAUCAGAAGAUGCGGCCGUCCACGGACAGCCUCCUGGUCACGGUGGAGAACGCUCAGGGUCUCCGCGUGCGGAAAAAGCAGGUGCGCGAUCCUUCCUCCAUCUUCCAGGAUGACUUCAUGAUUCCAGACAUCUCAGAGCCAGGGACCUGGAGGAUCUCAGCCCAGUUCUCGGACAGCCUGGAAACCAACAGCAGCACCAAAUUCGAGGUGAAGAAGUAUGUCCUUCCCAACUUCGAGGUCAAGAUCACCCCCUGGAAGCCCUAUAUCUUGGUGACUCCUGACCAUCUUGGUGAAAUCCAACUAGACAUCCAGGCCAGGUACAUCUAUGGCAAGCCAGUGCAAGGUGUAGCCUAUGUGCGCUUCGCACUGCUGGCCGAGGAUGGUCAGAAGACUUUCCUUCGGGGUCUGGAGACGCAGCGCAAGCUGGUGGAAGGUGAGAGCCGCAUCGCCCUCUCAAGGGCUGAGCUCCAGGGUGCCUUGGAGAAGGUGAACGUCACUGUUGCUGACCUCCAGGGUCUGCGUCUCUACGCCGCCGCAGCCAUUGUGGAGUCUCCAGGGGGAGAGAUCGAGGAGGCGGAGCUCACAUCCUGGCGCUUUGUGCCAUCUGCCUUCUCUGUGGACCUGAGCAACACCAAGCGCCACCUUGUGCCGGGGGCCCCCUUCCUGCUGCAGGCCCUAGUCCGAGAAGUGUCAGGCUCCCCGGCCUCUGGCAUUCCUGUCAAAGUCUCUGCCACACUGUCUGGGUCUGUUUCUGAUGUCCCAGAUAUUAAACAAAACACAGACAGGACGGGCCAGGUCCAUGUUGCCAUCGAUGUCCCGAGGGGUACCACCGAACUGCGGCUCUUGGUGUCUGCAGGCUCCCCCUACCCCGCUGUGGCCAGGCUCACCGUGCACGCCCCGCCCUCCAGCAGCUCUGGCUUCCUGUCUAUUGAGCGGCAGGAUCCUCGGGCUCCUAGAGUCCAGGAAACUGUCGUCCUGAAUCUGCGGACCGUGGGCCUGAGGGGGGCCACCUUCCCUUAUUACUACUACAUGAUUCUGUCCCGAGGUGAGAUUGUGUUUGUGGACCGGGAGCCCAGGACUGCCCUGACCUCCGUCUCAGUGUUUGUGGACCACCGUUUGGCACCCUCCUUCUACUUUGUGGCCUUCUACUAUCAUCAAGGCCAGCCUGUGGCCAACUCCCUGCGGGUGGACGUCGAGGCCGGGGCCUGUGAGGGCAAGCUGGAGUUGCAUGUGGACGGUGCCAAGGACUAUCGCAAUGGGGACCAGGUGAGGCUGCAGGUGCGCACUGAGCCUGCAGCCCUGGUGGCGCUGGGAGCUGUGGACACAGCUCUGUAUGCCGUGGGAAGCAAGACUCACAAGCCCCUGGACAUGGCCAAGGUCUUUGAAGUCAUGAACAGCUACAGCCUUGGCUGCGGCCCUGGGGGUGGCGACAGUGCCCUCCAGGUGUUUGAGGCUGCUGGCCUGGCCUUCUCUGAUGGAGACCUGCGGACGCCAGUCAGGGAGACUCUGAGCUGUCCCAAAGAGAAGAAAACCAGGAAGAAGAGAAGUGUGGACUUCCAGAAGGCCACGAGUGAGAAGUUGGGCCAGUUCACUUCCCCAGAGGCCAAGCGCUGCUGCCAGGAUGGGCUGACGCGGCUGCCCAUGGUGCGCUCGUGUGGGCAGCGGGCAGCGCGUGUGCCGCAGCCAGCCUGCCGGGAGACCUUCCUGUCCUGCUGUGAGUUUGCUGAGAGCCUGCGCAAGAAGAGCCGGGCCGAGAACCCCGGGGGCCUCGGGAGAGCCCUGGAGGUCCUGCAGGAGGAGGAGCUGCUGGAGGAGGAUGAGAUCCGGGUACGCAGCUUCUUCCCCGAGAACUGGCUCUGGCGGGUGCUGCAGGUGGAUCGCUCCCAAACGUUGCCCGUGUGGCUCCCUGACUCUAUGACCACGUGGGAGAUCCAUGGCGUGAGCCUGUCCCAAAGCAAGGGCCUGUGUGUGGCCACGCCAGCCCGACUCCGAGUCUUCCGUGAGUUCCACCUGCACCUCCGCCUGCCCGCCUCUGUCCGCCGCUUUGAGCAGCUGGAGCUGCGGCCCGUCCUCUACAACUACCUGGAGCAGAACCUGACUAUGAGCGUCCACAUCGCCCCUGUGGAAGGGCUGUGCCUGGCUGGGGGUGGAGGGCUGGCCCAGCAGGUGCAGGUGCCCGCAGGCUCUGCCCGGCCCGUGCCCUUCUUCGUGGUGCCCACCGCAGCUGCUGCUGUGUCCCUGAAGGUGGUGGCCCGAGGUACCUCCUUUGUGGGGGAUGCGGUGUCCAAGGUUCUGCAGAUUGAGAAGGAAGGGGCCAUCCGCAAGGAGGAAUUCAUCUAUCAGCUUAACCCCCUGGAUCACCGAGCCCGGACUUUGGAAAUUCCCGGCAGCUCGGAUCCAAACAUGAUUCCUGAUGGAGACGUGACCAGCUUUGUCAGGGUCACAGCCUCAAAUCCCCUGGACACCCUGGGCUCUGAGGGUGCCCUGUCCCCCGGAGGUGUGGCCUCUCUCCUGAAGCUCCCCACAGGCUGUGGUGAGCAAACGAUGACCCUCCUGGCUCCCACGCUGGCUGCCUCCCGCUACCUGGACAGGACAGAACAGUGGGGCAGACUGCCACCUGAGACCAAGGACCACGCCGUGGAUCUGAUCCAGAAAGGCUACUUGAGGAUCCAGGAAUACCGGAAGUCAGACGGUUCCUAUGCAGCUUGGUUAAGCCGCGGCAGCAGUACUUGGCUCACAGCCUUCGUGCUGAAGGUUCUGAGUGUGGCCCAGGAGCAGGUGGGCGGCUCGCCCGAGAAGCUGCAGGAGACGGCGAGCUGGCUGCUGUCCCAGCAGCAGGAAGAUGGCUCAUUCCAUGACGCCUGUCCGGUUAUACACAGAGGCAUGCAGGGCGGCUUGGUGGGAACCGACGAGACAGUGGCCCUCACGGCCUUCGUGGUCAUCGCCCUUCAGCACGGGCUGGCUGUCUUCCAGGACCAGAGCGCAGAGCAGCUGAAGCAGAGGGUGAGAGCCUCCAUCUCAAAGGCACACACAUUCUUGGGAGAGAAAGUAAGUGCUGGGCUUCUGGGCGCCCACGCAGCUGCCAUCACGGCCUAUGCUCUGACGCUGACCAAGGCCCCCGAGGAAGUGCAGGAAGUGGCCCACAACAACCUUAUGGUUAUGGCCCAGGAGAUUGGCGAUAAACUGUACUGGGGCUCGGUGGCUACUUCACAGAGCAACGUUGUGUCGCCCACCGCAGCUGCUCUCAACCCAGCAGAUCCUGUGCCCCAGGCACCCGCGCUGUGGAUUGAGACCACGGCCUACGGCCUGCUGCACCUGCUGCUCCGGGAGGGCAAGGCCGAGCUGGCAGACCAGGUGGCCACGUGGCUCACGCAUCAGGGCAGCUUCCUUGGUGGUUUCCGCAGCACGCAGGACACAGUAAUAGCCCUGGAUGCCCUGUCGGCCUACUGGAUCGCCUCCCAUACCAUGGAGGACAAGGAGCUCAAUGUGACCCUCAGUGCCCCAGGCCAGAGAGGCGUCGGGUCUGUCGUGUUGCAGCUGAACAAACAUCAAGUUAAGGGCCUGGAGGAGGAACUGCGGUUCUCCCUGAGCAGCAAGAUUAGCGUGAAGGUGGGCGGGAACAGCAAAGGAAUCCUGAAGGUCCUUCGCACCUACCAUGUCCUGAACAUGGAGAACACGACCUGCCAGGACCUUCGCAUCGAGGUGACAGUCAUGGGCUAUGUGGAGUACACAAGGGAAGCAAACUUGGACUACGAGGUGGACUAUGAGUAUGACGAGUUUCAGGCUGGGGACGAUCCAGGUGCCCAUGCGCAGCCCGUGACACCCCUGCAGCUGUUUGAGGGGCGGAGAAACCGCCGCAGGAGGGAGGCCCCCAAGGUGGCUGAGGAGCAGGAGUCCAAAGUGCAGUACACCGUGUGCAUCUGGCGAGAAGGCAAGGCGGAGCUGUCGGGCAUGGCCAUCGCGGACGUCACUCUCCUGAGUGGGUUUAGCGCCCUGCACUCUGACCUGGAGAAGCUCACCUCCCUCUCUGACCGCUAUGUGAGUCACUUUGAGACGGAGGGGCCCCACGUCCUGCUUUACUUUGACUCGGUACCCACCACCCGGGAAUGCGUGGGCUUUGGAGCUGUGCAGGAGGUGGCAGUGGGUCUGGUACAGCCUGCCACCGCAGUGCUAUACGACUACUAUAGCCCGGAGCGCAGGUGCUCUGUGUUUUAUGGGGCACCAAGAAAGAGCCAGCUGCUGUCCACCUUAUGCUCCGGGGACGUCUGCCAGUGUGCGGAAGGGAGGUGCCCGAGGCAGCGCCGCGCCCUGGAGCGGGGGCUGCAGGACGAGGACCGAUACAGGAUGAAGUUCGCCUGCUACCACCCCCGCGUGGAGUAUGGCUUCCAGGUGCGCGUCCUCCGGGAGGACGGCAGAGCAGCCUUCCGCCUCUUCGAGACCAGCAUCACCCAAGUGCUGCACUUCACCAAGGAUGCCAAGGCUGCUGUAGGUCAGACCCGCAACUUCCUGGUUCGAAGCUCUUGCCAGCUCCGCCUGGAGCCCAGCAAGGAAUACUUGAUCAUGGGCUUGGAUGGGGCCACCUAUGACCUCAAGGGAGACCCCCAGUACCUGCUGGACUCCAACACCUGGAUCGAGGAGAUGCCCUCAGAGCGGCUGUGCCGGAGCACUCGCCAGCGCGCAGCCUGCGCCCAGCUCCGCGACUUCAUCCAGGAGUACAGCACCCUUGGGUGCCAGGUGUGAGGUGUCUGAGUGGGCAAGGUGUGCUCGGCCGGGCUGGGAGCCUAAUAAAGGCCUUUGCCAAAAUGUCA